UAAAUCACUUGAAUGAAGAUAAUCGGACAGGAAAAGAUCGAAAGUUGAAACAGGAACAUCGAAACUUGGAAGAAAGAUUGGCCAAGAACUUCUCAUUGACGAGGUGUUGUUACAUGUUACGGGUAGACUUGGACAAAAAUCCUAUCCGUUUUUUUAUUAUUACAUUCAAGAAACUAAAACGUGAUUAACUAAAGGCGACAAUGAACCCAGUUACGUUAUACCCUCUAACAGAGAAGGGUUCCCGGAAACCGAAAUGUGCCCGCUGUCGAAACCACGGAAUGGUUUCCUGGCUCAAAGGUCACAAACGUCACUGUAAAUUCAAGGACUGUGCAUGUCAGAAAUGUAACCUGAUUGCUGAACGUCAACGUAUAAUGGCGGCACAGGUCGCACUAAAACGCCAACAGGCCGCCGAGGACGCCAUCGCACUAGGGCUCCGUGCUUGCGCUCAGGACCACAUUAAUCCCGUGAUGACUUCCGGUCCACUGUGGGGGCCGGGCACAGUAUCCCCACCCCAGGGCGAUAAGGACGGGCGAUGUGAUGAUGAAGAUUCAAUCGAAAAUGCUCCGAAGAUUACCGAAGACAGUAGCGAAGAUGACCGAGUGGAAGCCUCAUCACCCGAAUCUAUCAAUGACGUUACGGAAACAUCCGAACGACAAAAACCUUAUUCUCCUUACACGGCCGUAACGCGGGCACGUGACCUGCAUUCUACAACACCGUUUCUUCCGGGUCACCUCAAUAACCUUGAGAUUUUGGAGAGAGUAUUUCCCUUUCAGCGAAAAUCUGUAUUGGAACUCGUGCUGCAAGGUUGUAACGGGGACCUCGUCAAAGCAAUAGAACAAUUCCUGUCCACUCAAGAUAACUUAAUGACACAACAUACGACACCUCGCCAAAAACAGGACUUCCGGUCUCAUCCCUACUUUGGACAAUUACCCCUUCAUACAAUAAAGUCGCUCAACUCCAAAAUGCCCAAUGGCAGUAGCAUGCGGUCGGCGUUCACCCCUUUCUCAUCCCCUGCCCCAAUGGCACAUACAGGUCUCCAUUCAGCGUUUACAUCACCUGUCAGCACAAUGUCUUGUGAUGCACUACGAGCACAGAUGUUUCCUUCAGGUAUUCGUUCCGGUGACGUACUUCCGCCUACAUCACAGUUUCCAUACCCUAGUUUUUCGCACUUGACUUCCGGCCCUUUACCCGGUUUUAUGAGUAGUCCAUUUUCCCUAUAUCCUUACAGAACUGGAAUCACGGAUAUGAACUGUUUUAGGAAAACAGCUGAAAAAGCCUCCGAGCGUGCAGCCCUGCAAGAAAGCAAUCAAAACGCGGAAAAUUGGGAUGAAAGUGCGAAAGAGCGGGAUGUUGAAUGAAACCGAUGACGAAAGACGGUGGGCAUUGUUCUCCAUACUCCUUCAUGUGAAAUGGACGCUAACAUUUCUCAGGCUUAGGUACCAGUGAUCUGGAAGUAAACUUUAACUUCUUUAUUUAUUUAUUGAUAUAUAUGUUUGAGUGUAUGUAGCAGUUUCUCGGAAUAUCGGAAACAUUGCCGGCUUAGAGUAAAUCAAGUGUUCCUUCUGAUAUUAUUUUGAGAAUGCAGCCAACGAAGGCACAUAUAUCAGAAUAUGGAGACUAAUAUACAAUACGAACGAUAUAUAUACUGUAUAUGUAUACCCAAAUAUGCAAUACGAAAGAUAUACAUGUAUAUAUACCCGAAUCCACUAAUGCUUCGUUGGUGGUCCAUGUUUCUUUAAAUCUCGUUUUGGUCACGUGAUGAAUGAAUGAACCAGAAAUGAUAGAUCAACGUGUGUGAUGAAUGUAUGGAAAUCGAAAGUACUGCAAUAUGUAGCUCAUCUUCGUUAGACAAGGUUACUAACUUUGUAUAAGUAAUCUUUGGCUAUAAAGAUGUUUGUAGCUUUUUCAUAAUGUUCAUUAUCAUAGAAAACUCGUGCUAAUAUUGAUAUAGAAACAUAGAACAUUGUACAUCUUGUCAAUUUUGUUCGUGCGACAAAUAUAAUUAUGUAAAUGAAGUUACCUCAUUAUAAAAUGUCUAUCUGAUGUGAUUAAAUGUCGUUUAAGUAUC